UGUUUAAUUCGGAUCCCCUCCCUUUCACUGAAAUUCUCCUGUAACUGGAGUAUAUGAAAAAGCGACAUGCACUAAGGAAACUCUGAGUUCAGACAGCAGGAAUUGUGUUUUCAUUAAUUUGUACCAGUAAAACUGUACUAACUCAGGAAGCAGCAAAUAAUUACUCUCAGUAGAGAGAGAGCUUUUUUUCUUGAUACCACUAGCCUAGAAAAUGAAGCUAAAGGAAAUUGAACGAACUGCUGUAGAAGCUUGGAGUCCUGCAAACAACCACCCCAUUUAUCUAGCAACAGGAACAUCUGCCCAGCAACUGGAUGCAUCCUUCAGUACAAAUGCCACCUUGGAAAUAUUUGAGGUUGACUUCAGGGAUCCCUCUCUGGACAUGAAGCAGAAAGGAACGCUUCCUGCCUCAAACAGGUUUCAUAAGCUGAUCUGGGGUAACUUUGGAAAUGGGUCCCCAGAAUCCUCUGGAGUGAUCAUUGGUGGAGGGGAAAAUGGUGUACUGACAAUGUACAGUGCACACCGGAUCUUGGCUUCAAAGAGUGAUCCUGUGAUUGGGCAGACAGAGAAGCAUUCAGGGCCUGUUCGAGCUCUUGACUUCAAUCCUUUCCAGAGCAAUCUUCUGGCUUCUGGAGCCAAUGAUUCUGAAAUUUUCAUCUGGGACUUGAAUAACUUCACUGUGCCUAUGACUCCAGGAACUAAAUCACAGCCUCAUGAAGAUAUCAGUGUGGUGUCUUGGAAUCGGCAGGUGCAGCAUAUUCUGUCCUCCGCUCACCCCAGUGGCAAGGCAGUGGUUUGGGACCUCAGGAAGAAUGAACCUAUCAUCAAAGUCAGUGACCACAGUAACAGAAUGCAUUGCUCAGGAAUGGCCUGGCACCCAGAAGUUGCAACCCAGCUCGUUCUUUCCUCUGAGGAUGACCGCUUGCCAGUGAUCCAAAUAUGGGACUUACGUUUUGCUACCUCACCUUUGAGCCAGCUGGAAGGACAUACUAGGGGGAUUCUGUCUGUCUCCUGGUGCCAGGCUGACCCUGAAUUGCUGUUGAGUAGCGCCAAAGACAACCGGAUCUUGUGCUGGAACCCCAGUACAGGGGAGGUGGUUUAUGAGUUGCCCAUUCGUAGUCAGUGGUGCUUUGAUGUCCAGUGGUGUCCUAGGAACCCUUCAGUCUUCUCUGCUGCCACUUUUGAUGGAUGGAUUAACAUUUACUCUGUUAUGGGUGGGAACUUAGAAGCCCAGCAGAAGACACAGGCUGACAAGAUCUCUUCCUCCUUCAACAACCUGGAUCCAUUUGGCACAGGACAGACCCUUCCUCCUUUGCAGGUGCCAGAGCAAGUAGCUCAAACCACCUUGAUUCCACCAUUAAAAAAGCCACCCAAGUGGAUUCGCAGGCCUGUGGGUGUUUCAUUUGCAUUUGGAGGAAAACUGAUUACCUUUGGUCUUACCAAAGCUCCUGGGCAGCAAAUGCAGCAGACUUACCCCCACCAAGUUUUCAUCAGUCAAGUCACUACUGAAACUGAGUUUUUGCUUCGGUCCAGAGAACUGCAGAUGGCUCUGCAGUCAGGAAACCUCCUUGAUUACUGCAAGGGCAAGAUCCAGACAGCCAAGUUGAAGUAUGAGGAGAACCUGUGGAAAUUCCUAAAGGUGAACCUGGAGCAGGAAUCUAGAACUAAACUCCUCAAGCUGCUGGGCUACAGCAAAGAAGACCUGCAAAAAAAGAUCACUUCAUGUUUGAGUAAUGGAAUCCCAGAUAAACAGCCCCUUCUUGGGACAGAUGAUACAAAUGCUGCACAGUCAGAUCAGCUUUUGAUAAAUUCCAGUGAUGAUGUAGCUGCUGUUUCCUCCUCUUCAGCCUUCUUUGACAACCUCAUCCCACAGAAUAUGAGUAUGUUGGAGAUUCCUGUCACAGAAGAUACUGAUGGACUGAUCAGCCAAGCUCUUUUGUUGGGAAAUUUUGAGGGUGCUGUGGAUCUGUGCAUGCGGGCAGAGCGAUUUGCUGAUGCCAUCAUCUUAGCUAUAGCUGGUGGGGAGAACCUCCUAAAGGAGACCCAGAAGCGCUACUUUGCCAAGCAGAAGACAAAACUCUCCCUGCUAGUUUCCUCCAUUGUGCAGCAGAAUUGGCAAGACAUUGUUCGCACAUGUGAUCUACAGAGCUGGAAGGAGGCAUUGGCCAUCUUGUUAACAUACUCAAAGCGUGAGGACUACACUCAGCUCUGUGACAUGCUGGGUUCCCGCCUAGAGUUGGAGGGAGAUGCAACCCUGUCCAAUGAUGCCUGCCUCUGUUAUAUCUCAUCAGGCAAUGUGGAGAGGUUGGUGGAAUGCUGGGUAAAAAACCAUGAGACUUCAUCACCCCUUGCCUUGCAGGAUCUCAUAGAGAAAGUGAUGGUGCUGAGCAGGUCCAUUGAGAUGCUCCGAGGAACAGCAGAACCAAUGCCAGGCCCUGUCUUGGCAGAACAAAUCACCCAGUAUGCCAGUCUUCUGGCAUCACAAGGAUGCUUGGCAGCUGCAAUGAAUUACCUACCCAACAGCUCUAAAGAGCUCCUGAUUGAACAGCUCCGAGAUCGGCUCUUCCACGCUCAAGGAGAGAAUGUGGGAGAUCAGCCACCACCACCUUUCCCCUACGCUCGUGUCAAUGUAGGUGUCACGAAGCACACAUCUCCAGCAGCCCAGAGGGACUCCGCCCCUGAAGGAGCAGCACACAGAACAGAUCGCAGACAUCCAGAGAAGUCCAACUAUCAGUCAUCAUUUGCCCCUUCAGCACCCUCUCAGCCUUCAGUGCCUUCCUUCUUCCCACCUCAGCCAGUGCCAGCAAUGUCUGCACCUCACCAUAUUGUCCCUCCCCAGACCAGCACUAGUCCACAAACAGGUGUCUAUUCCAGAGGACCGCCAUACCCACAGUAUAAUGUGGGCAUGGUUCCAGCAACAGCUUCAGGGCCAGCUCUGUCACAAUCUCAGCCAUUCAGCCCAGUAGGAGCCAGACCAGUUGGUCCUGCUCCCUUUCCCAGCCAGCCGCCUCUGUCAGGACAGUCCAUGCCCAUGACAUCUCCUGGUGUUCUGCCAUCUGGACCUGCUCUGCUUGCUCCGGCCUCAAUCCCAUCAUCUCAGCUUCUUGCAGCCUGUCCUCUACCAGUGGCAAGCCAGUCUCCUCUAGGUUUUUCAUCAGCACCAUUCAGCAGCCCCAUGAACGUGGGUUACCCACAGGGAGGUCCUGGAGCUCCAUCUACUAAACCUCUGCCAGCAGCCAGCCUUCCUCCUCCUCCCAUAGGUUUCUUCCCUUGGCUAGAUCCCCACAUGGAUCAUGCAGCUCAGGAAUCUUGGACUGAUCCCUCUGCUGCAAGAGGAGGCCUUCAGAAGAAAAAGCUGCCUGAGAAAUUUGCUCCUCUAGCUCCCAUCACAGCUCCAGUAAUGAGCCUGCCCACUGAGCCUCAAGGGAUCCAUCCUCAGCUCUCUAGGUUGCAAGAAUCUGGCCAGUCACCCCCAGGGGCACCCAAGGAAGGCAGCCUGCAGUAUCACCAGCUACCUGCAGAGAGAGUUGAGAAGAAGGAGGUGCCCCCUGAACACCAGGGUCUGAAGACCACACUUGAAGGUUUGGUGCAACGCUGUUCUGCUGUUGCCACUGAUCCAAAAACUCGAAGGAAGCUAGAGGAUGCAUUGCAACGGCUGGAGACCUUGUAUGACAAACUCCGUGAGCAGGCGCUCUCUCCAGCUAUCCUCAUGGGUCUCCAUGAAAUUGCCCACUGCAUUGAAGCUAGGAACUACCAACAGGGUCUCAUGGUUCACACCCAAGUGGUGAGCAGCAGCAGUUUCAGUGAAGUGUCUGGUUUCAUGCCUGUCCUGAAAGUCCUCAUGACCAUUGCUGGCAAGCUGAAUGUGUAACAUGUGGAAGAGCUGGUACACUGCACAUGCUGAGCUGGUGGACUCUCUCACCUGUCGAUGUGCUGCGGGUUGCGGACUUUCCUUCCGACUCUGGAGAAAGAAGUCUGCGCCUGGAACCGUGCUUGACCAGCAUGCCUGGCCCCAUCUACUCUCCAGACAGCCAGGAGUCGAUAUCCUGGAGACUGCUCUCUGUCUGUCUCUCCCUCCCUCUCUCUUUCUCUAUUUUCCCCCCCACACCCCUCGAGUCCACUUCCCAGCCUAGGGCUCUCAGUUUCAGGUGUCCAGGUAUCACAGAGAUCCUCAAAGACUGCUCUGUGUUAGACUCCUUUUCCCUGUUCCCCAACCACAAAGGGGAAACUCCUUCCAGGUUGAUACUGCUUUUGUAUAGGAGACAAACAGCAGACACCUCAGGCUCUACUCCCUGCUGCUCAGUGGCAGCUGCCUCUUUUGGGACCUAAGCUGGGGUGCCUCUGCUCCAUUGGGCUGCAGUCAGGAUCUCUCCUCUGGUUCUUCCUUUAUCUUCGUUCUAAUCUUCAACUCAUCUUUUGCCCCUCUGCUCCGAUACAUGAUACAGCUAAAGUUAUCUGCCAGCCUACUCUGGGCUAGCUUUGGUUCUCUCUUUCUUCUUCACCCAGUCGUCUUUUCAUAAAAAGUAAACAGAAGACAGCUUCCUCAGUAUCCUUUUUGCCUUCCCAUGAGCUGAAGGCUUGAGCCUUUUUUUUUUUUUUUUUUUUUUUUUUUUUUUUUUUUUACCCCCCUCCUCCCCCUUUCUGGUUCCUGGGACUCUCCCAUACAGGAAUGCAAGCAGAUUGGGAUGCUCUGUAUAUUCCUCCUCAGAGCCAGCAGCUUUGUUUGGGCUAAAAGCUGUGCUGGCUGGCCUUUUUCACUUCCUCUGUGUUAGCACUGUGGGCUUAUUGCCAACUGAUGAUGUCUAAAGGUUUUCUAACUAGGGAUUUCCAGGCAGUCUUAGGACUUCAGAAGCAACAGAGAUUGUACAGGCCCCUUAAAGACCAGCCCAGACUUGAGCAGAAGGAGAAGCCUCCUGACAAAAUAGUAGAAAUGUGCUGCAGUAGGAGGCAUUGACAGGUCCCAAGGACAUGGCUGUACUGACACUUUCCAUUACUAUGGCAUUUCCUCUGAGAUAAAAUAAGUGAAUGAAGAGUGCCUGUCCUGUGGAAGAAGUCUGGGAAAGCAGAUAGGACUUUGGGGCACUUCCAUGUGCAUCUUCUGUUCCUCCUUCCUCACCCUCCUCUCUUUCACAUUAACUAGGCAGUGCAGUCCUUGGACCCUAGCUGGGAGUGAGGCUUCUUCUCAGUGUUUGGCUGCAGCCAGCCCCUGCUUCCUCUGCUUGCUGCUUGAGUGAUAAUGCCAUCGUGGGUCUGUGGUUCAGUGACUUACACAAUUCAGCCUGUUCUACCAUGAGACUUAGGAGGGAGAGGGAUCAGAGAAGGGAGGGAGAGGGUACAUCUCAUUCUCUCCUUUCCAGGUCGAAGUGCCUCCUUGUUGCUGCUUUGUUCUGUUUCUAUUACUGCAGUUUGAUGCACUGAGAGAUUACAGAACAGUGAAAUAAAAGCUGCGUUUUGUGA